AUGGAGCAAGCGUUAGUAAACAAUCAUCUCCCUACUCACUUUUCAUUCUGCCCGCUCCUUCUCUUCCUUCCUAUCGUUAUUUUCUUCUCGGGUCCCAUAUCAAUCCCACCCAGUACAAUUCUGAACGAUUGCUUGGAUGGUGAUGACUGGCAAGAGACUCGACCUCCAUUUCACUGGAUUCCGAGGACAAGCCAAUCACGGACCAUUUUAACAAACCUCUCAUAUAAUAGCCCAUCCUUUUUUUCUAUUUUCUAUCUCGAAUUUUCAUGUUUCCCCUUCCAUUUUUUUCAUGUUUCCUUCCUUCCAUUUCUCUCUCCUCCUCCCUCCUCCUCCUUCCUUCCUUCCUUCCUUCCUUCCUCCCUUCCUUCCUUCCUUCCUUCCUUCCUUCCUCCCUCCCCUCCUUCCUUCCUUCCUUCCUUCCUCCCUCCCUCCCUCCCUCCCUUCCUCCCUUCCUUCCUUCCUUCCUUCCUUCUUCCUUCCUUCCCCUUCCUCCCUCCUUCCUUCUUUUCCUUCCUUCCUUCCUUCCUUUCCUUCCUUCCUCCCUCCCUCCCUUCCUUCCUCCCUCCCUUUCCUUCCUUCCUUCCUUCCUUCAGUUUGUUUAUCACGUUAUGUAUCGAUCAUUUUUUUCAUAUCUCUCUAUCUCAAUCUUUCUUCGCCCCAUCCUCUUCCAAUACCUUUUUACGGUUUUUCUCCUCCAUAACCUGCCUUUAUGCUAAAAACCUACCCAACUCCAUCUCUCUCUCUCUCUCUCUCUCUGUCUUUCUUUUUUCUUUCGCUCUCUCUCUCUCUCUCUCUCUCUCUCUCUCUCUCUCUCUCACUUUCUCUUCACACACUUUCGUUUUUUGUUUUGUUUUGUUUUUGUUUUUUUGCUUUCUCGAAAGUAAAGGCUUGUUUUUGCAUUCACUUGAUGGACUCGGAGACACUAUAUUUCAGAUUUAA